AUGGAUUGCUCCUCCUGGGACGGAUGGCUUGAUCUCGGGGUAGCAUGCGGGCUGGACUCACAGUUUGACGGCCUUGGAGCAGACAUCGGGGCGUCAGACAACUCAAAUGGCCAACAGAACCUUGAAGGCUCUUUCGGAGAGCUCGAUGCAGCUAUCUUGUACACGACGCCCGUCGUCGAUGAGCAGCAUGAGCUCAAGCAGGCCGUAGACUUCUCCGAUGCUGGCAUCUUCUUGGCUGAUGAUGGUCUGCUACAUGACGACCCAGGGCAUGCUGUCGACUGGAGCCUCAUAGGCUCCCUCAGCGAGACUCGCGCAGUGGAAAUGCGCACAGUCCCUUCUCACGAGGAGAUCGAGGAGCGACUAGCCUACGAGCCUGCUCCCGGGGGAGGCGAUGCCGACAUGUAUGCGACCGAUCAGAUCGAGGCUACAGGCUUGCCGUCCGCGGUGCCUGCUGGAGGAUCGAGGCCAGCGACGGCGAGGAAGGGCCAGCAGCGUUGGAUGAGAACGACGAGGAUCAUCCAGGAGUACCGGAGGCAAGUCUUGCAUAACCACGAGCUGGAGGAGCACCAGGAGACGCCGCGGGAUUCACGCCGGUCGGCAGGCUCAGCGAGUUUUUCUGGAGCUCCAUACCGACAGACGAUGGGGAAGGAAGGAGAGUUGAGAUCUUACAUGGUUGAAGAUAAUGUGCAGAAAAAGUCCGUUCGAGACCUUCCGGAUUCCUUCUCGUUCUUUGCUAUCUCAGUGUUGAACGCACAUACCGAGCCAGUGACCACUCUGGGGUGUGUCUGUGGAGAGGACAGAUACGACUUGGUUUCUGGGUCUUCGGGAGGACAAAUUCGAAUCUGGAACCUCUCUCAGGAGCCCGUGGAAGCUGUUCUUACCAUGUCACUCAACGGGGAAAAGGCUUCCUGCCAGCCAGCCAUCACCAGCGUGUGUGCGGAGGUUGGAGGACGAAUCUGGUGCGGUGCAAGUGAUGGGACACUGUCAAGAUUUGCAGUCUCGGGGGUACAAACUUUACGGAAGGUGCAGGCGCAUACAAGCAUGAUCAAUCACGUUCUUGUACUUCGCUCUUGCCCAGUUGUAGCUACAGCGGGAGCAGAUUUCAUGAUCCGCGUGUGGGAUGCUUUCAAUAUGAACCUUCUGGUAUCCUACUGUGGGCAUUCAGGACCAGUCGAUUGCCUUGCUGAGUGCACAAAAUCUUUCACCCUCAUCUCAUCUUCAUCCUCCGACGCCUCCAUCCGAGCAUGGUCACUUCUGAUGGAGGAGUCAGACGGCGAGGAUGAAGAGUUCGGCGACGAGAGCCCGAGCGAGCAUGAACCGCAGCACAAGAGAGAAUCUCUCCUCGACGCCUUCGAUGAAGAUGUUGAUUCCGAUGCUUCCACGAUCGUCGUGCGAAGCAGGGGGCCUUCCUCCUCCCUUUGCGCUCACUUGUGUGACCGGACCAAUCCGACCAGCACCGGAUACAUCACGGCAGAGGCAGCACAACGAGGAGUAAACCUAGAGCUAUACAGCGAUUCAGCAUCGCGCCCGGCAGCCCUCGACUACCAGAAAGAUGUCUCCGAGCAAUGGCACAUCGCUUCUACGGAAAUCUGUACAGAGAACUCAUGCAGGUACAUGUUGUUUCAGCGAUCUGAUGGAAAGUACUCGAUCGGUCCACACAUGAGCCACACGGUUAAUCGAUGCGACCAAGAAGAUCUGUACAUUGAUUUUUGCAUCUUUUCUGCUACUGACCAGACUGUGAAGCAGAAAAGUGGAGGAGCAGGGAAAAGCUCUACGUCAGAGAGUUUUUAUUACCUGGAGAGCAUCAGACUCAACUUCCGGGAUAUUGCCAAGUCAAAGACUGUCAACAGCCUUCCUCACCUUGAUGUCCAAGACAUCUUGAAAGGCCUGUCCCUUCACGACGAUCAGCUAAGAAAUUCUUCCUACACAACCACCUGCAUGAAUCAGGACUGCUGUCCCACCAGCAUGGUGCUCGUGAACUUUAGCAGCACUCCUCUUGUCAUGACAGGUGGACUUGACGGUCUCUUGAGACUUUGGACUCAUCAAUGCUGA